AUGGUGACACCCAAUACCACGCCAUAUAAACCGUCUCCUCUUUCUUUCGGCUCACCAAGGACCUCUCCAUUUCGACGGCAAUCUACAGUCAUCUCGCCGAAUGCGGUCCGCGCAAAUGCACCCGGAAGUCCCGCCAGCAAGCCGGCCACCCCUUCCCAGUCCCCCAGUAAACCGAACCAGCUGCAUGUGGCCGAAGAUGACGAUAUCUUUGCCGGCGAUGCUGGACUUCCAGUCACAACAAGGUUUAGGGAAUUCUCGCCCUCGCCAACACGGGGAGCCACUGCCCACACGGCGCGAAUGAGUCCCAAAACACGGGAGAGUCAGAAAGUGAAUAAUGAAUUAUUUUCCAGGUUACCGCCUGCACAGGUGCGAGAAAUGCGCGAAGCAUUUCAAGUCCUUGAUCGGGACAACGACGGUCAAGUAAACAAAGGAGACAUAAAGAAUAUUCUAAAUAAUUUAGGUCAAGAUUCGUCGCCCUCAGCAACAGAUGCAUAUUUCCCGCCUGGGUCGUCUCAAACUAUCAAUUUGCCUACCUACCUAAACACAAUUGCGUCUCUGGUAGUCCCUUUAUCGGAUCCCCAAGAGCUUCUCAAUGCCUUCGCUGCAUUUGACGAAGAUGAUAGCGGCCAGAUUGAUUUUGCUGAGCUCCGAGACGCCUUGCUUCACACUGCCCCGGAAGGCGAUGAAAGAAGGCUGACGGACAGGGAGAUCGACGAAGUUGUUUUUGGAUUCACUGGUAGACGGGCCUUUGGAUCGAAAGGAGCAAGGCAAGCCGGUCUUAGCACACCUAGAAACCGCGGCGAGGUUUUUCGGUAUCGGGACUUUGUCUCAAACAUAGCCGGAUCAGGCCAGGCGACAAAGAAUUCUUUAGUCAAUGUAUAG